AGCUAAGAUAACUGGGCUUUUAAAAGACAGGCAUGGACGUUCUGGCUUGUUUAUGAGACGACUGGGCUUUCGUUUGCUGGACUAGGUUCGGGUCGGGUCUUCGUUUCUGGACUAGAUUUUAUCUGCCUGCGUGUUCAACCAUAGGGUUUUAGCAGGGUUUCGGCAGUAAACAUCCCCUUUCGUUCCCGCAUCACCACCACGCACCCAUCCAACUAAGACUGCUGUUACCCUCGGAUUCGGAACGAAAUUUGAAGCAUUUAUUGGGUUUUGGAUACAGCAUAUCCAGGAAACGUUGUAAGUAUGUCUAUGAGGGACGAGUUUGAUGAUACAAUGGAGGAUUCUGAAGUUGAAGUCAGUGAAUCUGAGCUAGAGUCGGAAGAAGAUGAAGAUGUGAAGUUGGCCGAACCUUCAAAAACUGCUGUUUAUAACAGGGAAGGUUUGCUGGACAAGCUUGGAGAUUUCAGCUGGCCAGAGUCUGUGGAGUGGAUACAUAAGCUUUCUGUGGAUAUUGAUAGGGAGGAAGAGGUUGAUGUGAAUGAUGACUUGACCCGGGAGCUUGCUUUUUAUACUCAGGCGUUAGAGGGUACAAGGCAGGCCAUCCCAAAGUUGCAGUCUAUGGGGGUUCCCUGUUUGAGGCCAUCAGAUUACUAUGCUGAAAUGGUGAAAUCUGAUACUCACAUGGAAAAGGUCAAAAGUCGGCUUUUAGCGGAGAAAAGAAAGAUUGAGGAAAGUGAGGAGAGGCGUAAGGCUAGGGAGAAUAAGAAAAUAGCCAAAGAGGUGCAAGCUCAAACGUUGAAGGAGCGGGCUAAGCAGAAAAAACAGGAGAUUGAAUCUGUCAAGAAGUGGAGGAAACAACGGCAACGCGGUGGGUUUGCUGACAAUGGCAAAGACGGAGAGUUAGAUUUUGCUUUUGAAGAUGGAAAAUCUUUCGAGAGAUCAAAGAAGAAACAACCUGGGGUAUCUCCUGGUGAUCGUUCUGGAGGGAAGGGUGGGAAAACUUUUGGAAAGGGGAAUAGAGGACCGGAUAAAAACAAGAAGGGCCGGGACGUGAGAAACUCCAAAUUUGGUUUUGGAGGAAAGAAAGGCUUAAAGAAGCAGAACACUUCGGAGACAACAAGUGAUCUGAGAGGUUUCAACAACUUUUCUGGUCAGAAAAGGAAGAGGUGAUUUCCUCCCAAAUCAUGUCUAUGCAUUGCGUCAAGCAGGCUGGAUUGAAAUAGUCUGGAGAUGGGCAAGACAUGUUUUUAGAAUGGUCUCUCUCCUAUUUGGGGCCUUCUGUUAAAAUUUGGUGAGAUGUUUAUGUAUGCUUGAAUUCUGAUUUUGAUUUUGUAGUAAUGUACUUUGGAAAAAAUUGACAUUUCGAUCUAGUCAGCCUUAUAGUCAAGUUGGUUUUAUAUGGGUGUGCAAACGUUUUAGAGCUGAUGUAGCCAGUGAUCCGUAAACCAGAGUCUCUUCAUCGGAUAGAAUGGCCUUUACCAUUCCGUUACUGCUGAAGUAAAGUAUUCUGUAAGCUCACACCAAUGGAGGUGUUUGUCCAUUGUUGCUUUAUCAAUUUGUUAAUCUAGUUUUUAGACACUCAUAGUAAUCCCCUUACGCACACACUAAAAAAGCAUUCCAAACAUCUCUUUUCCCCUCCCAGUUUUUUUUUUUAUGAAAAAAAAGGGCACCUGCUGGAAGCCUUAAAAGUUUGAUGAUAACUGGGAUUAGACUAAUAACAGCCUAAAGGAUUAAACAAAUGAAGUUGGCAUGUGGGUUUGCGUUGAUGCUUACGAAGAC